GUCGGUAGUGCCGAUCUCCGUGGCGGAGUAAACGCCGCUCUGAGAAGCAUCCUUGCCUCUGGGAGAGGAGGCUGUCGAGAGUCAGCGUCGUUCCUGAAAACCACAUGCUGUUCUAUCUGAGCUGCUAGUUGAUGCUUACUGUUGGUUGAAGCUUUAGACUUUUGCUGAGAGGCCUGGAGGCAGACCUCUGUGUGUAACCAAUGGCAGCACAGUGUGUGACAAAGGUGGAGCUGACUAUUUCUUGCACCAAUCUCUUGGAUAAAGAUGUUGGUUCCAAGUCAGACCCUCUGUGUGUGCUUCUCCAGAACUCAAGUGGUCAGCAGUGGUAUGAGGUUGAUCGCACAGAAAGAGUUAAGAAUUCCUUGAACCCAAGGUUUGCCAAGAAAUUCUUAAUUGAUUAUUAUUUUGAGCUUGUUCAGAAACUUAAAUUUGGAAUAUAUGACAUUGAUAACAAAACCUAUGAUCUGAGUGAUGAUGACUUCUUAGGAGAAUUAGAAUGUACGCUGGGACAGAUAGUUUCUAGCAGGACUCUAACAAAACCGUUAGUACUUAAAAAUGGCAAACCUGCUGGAAGAGGAAGCAUUACGAUUACAGCAGAAGAAGUAAAGGACAACAGGGUGGUUAUAUUUGAAUUAGAAGCAAGGAAACUGGACAAUAAGGAUUUUUUUGGAAAGUCAGAUCCUUAUCUGGAAUUCCACAAACAGACUGGAGAUGGAAACUGGGUGAUGGUUCACAGAACAGAGGUUAUUAAAAACAACCUGAAUCCUGUUUGGAGGCCCUUUAAAAUCUCUCUCAAUUCUCUGUGUUACAGUGACAUGGAUAAGUCAAUCAAGGUUGAGUGCUAUGACUAUGAUAGUGAUGGGUCUCAUGAUCUCAUAGGAAGUUUUCAAACGACCAUGUCAAAACUGAAGGAAGCAUCUCGGUCAUCACCUGUUGAGUUUGAGUGCAUCAAUGAGAAGAAAAGACAGAAGAAAAAGAACUAUAAAAACUCUGGCAUUGUGAGCGUUAAGCAUUGUGAGAUCAUUGUAGAAUGCACAUUCCUUGAUUACAUCAUGGGUGGAUGUCAGCUGAAUUUCACCGUGGGGAUAGAUUUUACAGGCUCCAAUGGAGACCCUCGCUCUCCAGACUCUCUGCAUUACCUCAGCCCUAAUGGAGUUAAUGAAUACCUAACAGCUAUUUGGUCUGUCGGGAUGGUCAUUCAGGAUUAUGAUACAGAUAAGAUGUUUCCAGCCUUUGGAUUUGGUGCACAAAUUCCUCCAUCCUUUCAGGUAUCUCAUGAGUUCCCUAUAAAUUUUAACCCGUCAAACCCAUUCUGUAAUGGGAUCCAAGGCAUUGUUGAUGCAUAUCGAGCCUGUCUUCCUCAAGUGAAGUUAUAUGGACCAACAAAUUUUUCUCCAAUUAUAAAUCAUGUGGCAAGAUUUGCUGCUGCAGCUACUCAACAGCAAACAGCAUCUCAAUACUUUAUACUUCUGAUCAUAACGGAUGGUGUGAUAACAGACCUUGACCAAACUCGAACUGCCAUAGUUAAUGCUUCGAAAUUGCCCAUGUCCAUUAUCAUUGUUGGUGUUGGAGGAGCAGACUUCGAUGCCAUGGAGUUUCUUGAUGGUGACGAUGGAGUUCUUAGGUCCUCAUCAGGAGAACCAGCUGUCAGAGACAUUGUCCAAUUUGUGCCCUUCAGAAAGUUCCAAAAUUCUCCCAAAGAAGCUCUGGCUCAGUGUGUCCUGGCAGAAGUCCCUCAGCAAGUGGUGAACUACUUCAGCACCUACAAACUUCAGCCUCCUAAGAAUCCUGCUGCAAAAUGAAUGGGCAGAGCAGAGGAGAGACGUUGUGCUUGCUUUACUUGCUCUAUCUACAGACUUUGGUUCUCAAAAUACUUCUGUAAACAUAUACGCAUGCCUCUUUAUCAUAAUGUCUGUCAGCUUUUGCCUCCAGAUCACUUUGCCAAGUGUGCCUUUUAAGGGCCAAAACUGUCAUGGUAUUUAGAUUUGAUGUUGAUUUGAGAGAUGGUAUUUACAUGGAUGCAUUUGAUUUUGAGAAGAAACUCUUUUUCUAUUAAGCCACCAUAACAAAGUUUUGACACAGGUGUUUCAUAUUCAGAUAAGUGCCACAGAGUAUAAAGGCCCUCCUUGUACAGCUGCUUCUUGUUUGCCACUUCAGUGCCUUUGGGCAAUGCCUGGGAUUCAGGGCUGUGGGAACAUAAGCCAAAGAAGACAUUAAAAUAUAUAUUUUCUUUUAUAGUGUGCCUUCUCUUAAGGUUGUGUGGGAAUAACUAGGGUGAAUCAAGGUAAACCUCUAGCAUCUCAGAAUACUUCUGGCCUUUGAAGCUACUACUAUAAGGGCUGUAAGAUGUGUUCCAAUGUGCAGGGUACUGGAAAAUGGAAAUUCCAGAUUUAUUUUGGUAGGGAUUUUGUUUUGUGGUUACCCCCCCCCCCCCCC